GUUGCUACCCUCAGGAGAACAAGGGAACAUACAUCCCAGUGCCAGUCGUGCCCGAGCUGCAGAAGGGAAAGUGGGGGGCCAAGGUCAUCAUGAACGAGGACAGGUCUGUCCGGCUGUCCAUCCAGUCCUCCCCUGAAUGCAUCGUGGGUAAAUUCCGCAUGUACGUGGCUAUCUGGACCCCCUAUGGCAUACUCCGAACCCGCGGAAACCCGGAGACAGACACGUAUAUUCUCUUCAAUCCUUGGUGUGAAGAGGAUGCUGUCUAUCUGGACAAUGAGAAAGAAAGAGAAGAAUAUGUCCUGAAUGACAUCGGGGUCAUUUUUUACGGAGACUUCAAUGAYAUCAAGAGUAGAAGCUGGAGCUAUGGUCAG